AUGACCGCAACUGGUAGAAAACCAGGCCAGACCGGUGUAGGCCAAAAGACGACUUCGGCGAUCAAAACUUGCAAAACCUGCGCAUCCUGCCGCCUAAAAAAGGUCAGAUGCUCCGGGAGCCAACCCAAGUGCGCCGAGUGCAUCGUUGAUGAGCUCGAGUGUGUGUACCCCCAGGAUGCGCGAAAGGAGCCGCGGCCGUCGAGAGCCCGCGUCAGGAGGCUCGAGACUACCGUCGCGGCUAUGUUAGACCGUAUGAAGGCCGCUGGGCUUGCUCCCAUGGACACGAGCACGGAAGAGUGGAUCUCGAGCGCCGUCGCUGGAAGUGGCGAAUCUUUGUCGCCGCGAGGACAAGCUGAACACCAACUCGAGCGGCCCCGGAGCCAUGAUGAUGAGGCGAACUCCGCACCAGGCAUCACCAACACGGCAACGGCAACGAUGCCCCAACAAGGAGUCCUCAUCGUAUCACCUCCGUUACCAUCUCGGCACGUGGACUCGUCCACAGAGACUACCAUAGACAAAUGUGCAAUGGAUUGCCCAGACCCGGGACCGACUACAAGUGUCGAUAACAAUAACAGCACCAGUCAACACCUGACCCCAAGUAGCACAUCCACCGACAUCAUGGCCGCCUCACAAACACAGCCGCUGGCAGAAGCAGCCGAGUCAGACUUGAACGAUCGUAGCCGAGAGGGAAAGGACCGCCUCUCUGGCCUUUCUCCCGGCGAAGCGCACGUCGCGGGCGUAUCCCAUGAACACGGCUGCGUUUCGUCCGUCCACGGCCUGGCUAGCCCGAUGAACAAUCGCUCUGGAAGGCAUAAGGACAUAACGGCUGUUGCCGGGAUGUGGCAGGAGGACGAAGCUCGGACUGCCGCUUCGAAGGCGCGGCUGAUCAGCUACGCGGCGCUCCAGAGCCAACGCGAGGCCUGGGUGUACAACCAGCCGCAGAUCACUAUUGACCUAGACGGGUGCGAUGUUGACCUAGCAAAGCACCUGAUAGAGCUUCACUUCAGCAUGCAGCACUAUGUCUAUCUCAUUUCCUAUCGCCCAGCCAUCAUGGACAGCUUGGCUAGCGGUGGGGGCCCCUGGGUUAACAAGCUGCUGUUGAAUGCCAUAUACUACUCCAGCUCCCUCUACAGCAACCGGCCGUGUCUCCAGCAAGAUCCAAGGGACCCCCAGAGUAUCGGCUCUCGCUUCUACGCCCGGUUCUGUCAGCUACUGGGCGGCGAGAUCGCCCAGCCGAGUAUCCCCUCUGCAGUGGCGCUACUCCUCAUGAGUGCCUCUCUGGUGUCCCACGGCCGUCCAAGUGCCGGAUGGAACCUAUCGGGACUCGCGUACCGGAUGGUCAUCGAUCUGGGGUGCCAUCUCACGCCCGGGCUCGAUUGUCAGGCGCAGGCGAUUAUGCACUCUAGCGCAAGAAGCGCCCUUAGCCAGGACCUCGAGCAGGAGAUGCGUAAGAGGCUGUACUGGGGAGCAUUUGCGACAGACGCUACACAGUCUCUCUACCUCGGUCGGCCUUGUAUGCUUGCUCCGGUCGAGGCCAGGGUGCCGCUCUGUUUCCUGGACACAUUUGAGGAGCUGGCAAAGUGGGAGCCGUACGUUGAUGCUCAAACGCCGCAAUACUGCCCGCCGCCAUACGCCCCGCAGCCAGCCCACGCCGUGUCGACCUUUGGUGCGGUUGCCCGGCUUUUGCAGAUUUCCACAAGGAUUACCAAGAUGUACGGCAUUGACGCCAUCAAAGGUCAGGCACAGGAUAUGCAGAGGGAACUGACAGACAUUGAGCAUAACCUCCAGCACUGGAGUGCCUCGCUACCUAGCCACCUCCGUUUCGACCCAGAAGGGCCCUUUAUACCCCCUCCUCAUAAGAUCACACCUCACACCACCUUCCAUGCCCUCAAUAUCUUACUACAUCGGGCCUUUUUGGAAGACGGGCACCUGUACCACCAUUCAGACAGCGGCGUGACGACUCGUAGUGAGGAAGCCUGUCUUCACAGCGCACUCAUGAUUGAAAAGCUGCUACGGUCGUUCCGAGACACAUUUACGCUGCGCGGUGCACCGUUUCUGCUGUGCUAUGCCACCUACUCCGCCGUUAGUGUUGUCCUCCGCCAUGAACGACAUCACAGGGGCCGGUUUAUGGAGCAUAUAUCCUUUUUUUGGACGUGCCUGAGCGACAUGCAGAGAGGCUGCAAUUUUGGCAUGAAGAAGCCGCUGGCUAUCCUCAAGGAAAUGGUUCGGGAGUAUAAUAUCAGCAUCAAGCAGAGCGGUAUAGCGACCAUGGCGUCGGACGACGCCGGUGGCGGUGACAAAUAUGUACAGGCCGGCCUGGACGAGAGCUUCUUUGAGUUCCCGUUGCCGGCGCACCCCUCCGUCGGCGACGCCACGUCAGAAGUGAUGCACAUCCCCAACGACGAUGGCUUCAUUUUGAAUCACUCUGGCGUUGGCGAUAGUCGCAUGUCUGUGGUGGGCUCUGACUACUACUCCUAUGACACCUCUAUGGCCGGCCUCAUGACGUAUCUCGAUGAGCAGGAACAGCAGAUCUGGCAAGAUACGCUCUACGGCCUGUUCACCUCAUCGAUGCAGUUUGGUUAG